UUGUCUGGAAUAAUCCCACCUUUGGGGCAUCCGCCCAAAAUAACCACCUUUGGGUUUUUAAAUAAUCCGGCCUUUAUACUUAAUCCGCUCAAAAUGGUCCCGAGUGACCAGUAACCGGUUAAAGAGGUAAGUUUUUUUUUUUAUUCAGUUUAAUUUACACGUGUCACAACUUUAUUUGUCCAAAAUUAAAAAAAAAUAAACAAAAAAAAAGUAAAAUCAAAUAAAUAAAACCCACCACCACCUAAGCCACACCACUUCAGCCACCACCAUCCCCACCACCAUCCAAACCCAGACCCCAGAACCACCACCCCACCAAGACCCGAAACCACUGCCACGACCGCGCCGACCGGGAUCUCACCCCAGCUAACCCAACCCCAAAACGCCCUUUGAAAAAUCGAAAACCCACCAAACCAGACCCCAGGAAACGGGUUGGGGAGGUCGGCGCGGCCUAAAUCGAGGUCAGGGGAGGACGGUGCGGUCGGAAUGGGGAAUAGGGAAGGCUGGCACGGCCGGAAAAGGGACGGGGACGGGGACGGGGGCUGGGAUCGGGACGGGAAAGGGACUUUCGAGGGUUGGGGAUGGUUUUAGGGUUGUCGGUGUUUCCGAUUCGUGGGGGAGGGAGGGGAUUGGUUGUUAGGGGAGGGGGGUUGGUCGCGCACUGGAGCCGGGGCUGGGGUUGGUUUUGGGGGCUUGUUGACCUGAGCCGCGUGGCAGGGGACUCAGGUGGCGGGGACGACGGUGGCUUAGGCGGUGGGUGAUUUUUUGAAUAUUAAUUUUUUAUUUUUAUACUUUUUGUAAACAAAAAAUUUAACUUUUUUUUAAAAAAUUAUUUUAUUUUAUUUUUAUGUUUUUGACCAAUCACAGGUCGCUGCGUGUCUGAUAACUUAUUAUAACAAGUUACCUAGCCGGUUGGGUUCAUUUUAAGCGAAUUGGGUAUAAAGGUCGGAUUGUUUAAAAAUAACCCAAAAGUAAAAUUAUUUUUAGCGAAUAUCCCAUCCCAAAAGUGGAAUAAUUCCAGGCAAUUUUUCUUUUUGAAAAAUGUUUGUUUAAAUUUUUAUUAUUAGUAUAGUUGCCUCGACGUGCUUGGCCACUCGUGAAAUUUGCAAAUUCAAAGGUUCUCCGGUUCUCUCUCUCUCCUUGACACUCUCACAUACAUCAUACUUCUUCCCCUUUCUCUCUCCAAUUUUUAGGGUUUUUUCUUCAUCAAUCUUCUGAUUCUUCUUCACAUUUUCUCUUUUUCUUUAUCUCUGAUAAUUGAAGAUGGCAGAUGGUGAGGAUAUUCAGCCCCUUGUUUGUGACAAUGGAACUGGAAUGGUUAAGGCUGGAUUUGCUGGAGAUGAUGCUCCAAGAGCUGUGUUCCCUAGCAUUGUUGGCCGCCCCCGUCACACUGGCGUGAUGGUUGGCAUGGGCCAAAAAGAUGCAUAUGUGGGGGAUGAAGCUCAAUCAAAGCGUGGAAUUUUGACCCUGAAAUAUCCAAUCGAGCAUGGUAUAGUCAGCAACUGGGAUGACAUGGAAAAGAUAUGGCAUCAUACCUUCUAUAACGAGCUCCGUGUUGCUCCAGAAGAGCAUCCUGUUCUUCUUACUGAAGCCCCUCUCAAUCCUAAGGCUAAUCGUGAGAAGAUGACUCAAAUCAUGUUUGAGACCUUCAAUGCUCCUGCUAUGUAUGUUGCAAUUCAGGCUGUUCUUUCACUGUAUGCUAGUGGUCGUACAACUGGUAUUGUGCUGGAUUCUGGAGAUGGUGUCAGCCACACAGUGCCCAUCUAUGAAGGGUAUGCUCUCCCGCAUGCCAUUCUUCGUCUUGACCUUGCUGGGCGAGAUCUGACAGACUACAUGAUGAAGAUUCUGACUGAACGUGGGUACUCGUUCACCACCUCAGCCGAGCGAGAAAUUGUGAGGGACAUGAAAGAAAAGCUUGCUUAUAUUGCCCUUGACUAUGAGCAGGAGAUGGAGACUGCAAAAACUAGCUCUGCUGUUGAGAAGAGUUAUGAGCUUCCUGAUGGGCAGGUGAUUACUAUUGGUGGUGAGAGAUUCAGAUGUCCUGAGGUCCUUUUCCAACCAUCUUUCAUUGGAAUGGAAGCAGCUGGUAUUCAUGAAACCACCUAUAAUUCGAUCAUGAAAUGUGAUGUGGAUAUUAGGAAAGAUUUAUAUGGAAACAUUGUACUCAGUGGUGGUACCACCAUGUUCCCUGGUAUCGCCGAUAGAAUGAGCAAGGAAAUCACUGCACUAGCUCCAAGCAGCAUGAAAAUUAAGGUUGUGGCACCACCUGAGAGAAAAUACAGUGUUUGGAUCGGUGGGUCUAUCUUGGCAUCUCUGAGCACCUUCCAGCAGAUGUGGAUUGCAAAGGCCGAGUAUGAUGAAUCUGGUCCAUCAAUCGUGCAUAGGAAAUGCUUCUAAUUUCACCAUCAAAGAUAAAAGGUUGAAGUGAGAAACCAUUGCCGUUUGUUUGGAAGAGGGGUGUGCCUUGCACCUGAUUUUGAUUGGCGAGCCAAAUUAGUUUGAUAAUUUAGUUAUUCUAUUGUUUAGUUUUCUUUGUGGGACAAGUAUCUUGAACGUGCAAGAAAAGUGAUUUAAAUUAAUUCAUUUUUCUGAAUCUCUUGCUUUUCUGGUUUAAAUUUGCAUCAUCAGAUAGCAUAUUAUGGGUAAGCCUUGUAGCCAAUUUUGCUAUUCCACAUUGACUUAGGCUUUGAAACAGA